CUGUAGAACAAGACGUAACUUGUUGCCAAAGGAUCCAGGUUGAGAGGGCCCCGGGUCGUUCCUUCCAUUGAGGCUGGGAGAAACCGCCGGAGCAGCGGCGACGCCGACGCCGACGCCGACGCCGACGCCGACCCCGACGUGGUGGAUGGGAGAGCGGCACGGAUUCUCUAUCAAUUGCUUCUGCUUCUGGUGCAUUGAUUGAAAUUAAGAAUCAACCCGCGUACCAGAACCCUAAUCCACUCCAUUCUCGCAUCGUCUGGGGAUCCAUGCUCAAUGCCCGUCAGAUAGAAACAACUAGGAGGAGGAGAAAGGAGCGGGGCGGAGGGUCCGAGCUGCUUUUUCGGCAGGUGGUGGAGCCAUGGGGAAUAAGAUCGCAAGGACGACCCAGGUGUCCGCGUCGGAGUAUUACCUCCACGACCUUCCUUCCAGUUAUAAUCUGGUGCUAGUGGAGCUCCUAGGCCGUGGACGCUUCUUCAAAUCCAUACUCUGCAAGCACGACGAGGGCCUAGUCCUCGUCAAGGUCUAUUUCAAGCGCGGCGAACCCCUCGACCUCAGGGAAUACGAGAGGAGGUUGGCUCAGAUUAGGGAUAUCUUCCAAUCCGUGCAGCAUCCUCAUGUUUGGCCAUUCCAAUUCUGGCUGGAAACUGACAAGGCGGCUUAUCUUUUGAGGCAAUACUUCUUCAGCAACCUUCAUGAUCGGUUGAGUACCAGACCCUUCCUCAGCCUUAUUGAGAAAAAAUGGCUAGCAUUUCAGUUACUUUGUGCAGUGGAGCAGAGUCACAAUAAAGGAGUUUGCCAUGGUGACAUCAAGUGUGAGAAUGUCCUAGUCACCUCUUGGAAUUGGUUAUAUCUUGCUGACUUUGCGUCUUUCAAGCCAACAUAUAUACCAGAUGAUGACCCUUCUGAUUUUUCAUUCUUCUUUGACACGGGUGGGAGAAGGCGAUGUUAUCUUGCACCUGAGAGGUUUUAUGAUCAUGGAGGUGAGUCACCUGUUGUACCAGAUGCACCAUUAAAACCAUCGAUGGACAUUUUCUCCUUGGGAUGUGUUAUUGCUGAACUUUUUUUGGAGGGACAACCAUUAUUCGAGUUAUCCCAGCUACUGGCAUAUCGGCGAGGGCAAUAUGACCCUUGUCAGUGCCUAGAAAAGAUACAAGAUGAAGGUGUUCAGAAAAUGAUACUUCAUAUGAUUCAGUUAAAUCCAAAUGCAAGGUUAUCAAGUCAAAGUUACUUGCAAAAUUAUGCAUCUUCAAUAUUUCCAAGCUAUUUCUCACCAUCCCUUCACAAAUUCUUCUCUUAUUUGGUUCCGCUUGAUUCAGAUGCAAGGGUUGCAGCAAUUGAAAGAGCAUUCCAUAAGAUUCAUGCACAAAUGAUGAGUGUCAGGUCAUCAGAUGAUGUCAUUAUUGACUCAUCUGCAUCUCCCAAACUCACAGACAAAGAAGGUUUUCAAAAUAUCAAAGGUGCGACUCAAGGUAUGCUUUUGGCUAGAGGGGAUGCAAGAAGCAGAUCAAGGAAGAGUACAAUUGCAGGCCAGGUUCAGCUUGUUGGAGAUAUCACUUCACUCUUGAGGAAUGUAGAACAAAUAAAUCAUUCUGCGCACAGUGAUGUAACACAGAAGAAUGCUACAAUCUUGUCUACUAAUGAUUCUGAUACUGACUGCACUAGAUUUUCUAAGCAAUCAAGGACCUUGAAGAAUCAGCCAUCAAAUGAUCUCCAAGGGCACAAGCAGAAAGAUUUUCUAUUUCUAAGAAACAUCUUUAAAGGUGAGCUGGACUCUUUGAUGGAUGCUUAUGAUAGCCAGACAGAUACAUACCGCAUGCCAUCUUUUCCACGGUCAGGUGACAAAAACAGUUGCGAUGGCAUGGUCCUGAUUGCAUCAUUAGUAUGUUCUUGCAUAAGAAGUGUGAAACAGCCACAACUCAGAAGGGCUGGUCUCCUCCUACUGAAGACCACUUCCUUGUACACUGAUGAUGAAGAUCGUCUACAACAUGUCCUUCCAUAUGUUAUUGCAAUGCUUUCUGAUCCAGCUGCUAUUGUUCGCUGUGCUGCUCUUGAAACAUUGUGUGACAUUUUAACUCUUGUCCAAGAUUUCCCUCCUAGUGAUGCAAUGAUUUUUCCUGAGUAUAUAUUUCCAAUGCUUUCCAUGCUUCCUGAUGAUCCAGAGGAGAGUGUUAGAAUUUGUUAUGCUAGUAAUAUUUCUAAGAUUGCAUUGUCUUCUUAUAGAUUUUUAAUUCAGGCUGAGACUAUAGCUGGUGGAGGGCCUCUAGGUAAACCAACUAUAGCACAAAAAUCACAACCUCUUAUUAUGGAAUCACCAAGUAAGCAACGAGGCUACAGAAUUGACAGUCAGCUUAUGCAAUUAAGGAGAUUGUUAGCUGAAAUUGUGCAAGAGCUGGUAAUGGGUCCAAAACAAACUCCAAAUGUCCGUCGAGCUCUUAUGCAGGAUAUUGGCCACCUAUGUUACUUCUUCGGUCAGAAGCAUAGUAAUGAUUUCCUAUUGCCCAUUCUUCCAGCAUUUCUCAAUGAUCGAGAUGAGCAGCUUCAAUCAGCUUUCUAUAAACAUAUAAUUUUUUUCUGCUAUUUUGUUGGCCAAGUGAGUGUUGAGGAAUAUCUUUUACCAUACAUUGAGCAGGCUUUAAGUGAUGAAAUGGAGGUUGUAAUUGUGAAUGGUUUGGAUUGUUUGUCCAUAUUAUGCAAAAGUGGUUUCCUACGAAAAAGGACGCUUCUUGGGUUGAUUGAGAAAGUUUUCCCUUUGUUAUGUUAUCCAAUCUAUUGGGUUAGAAGAUCAGCCGUUACUUUCAUUGCUGCUAGUAGCAAGAGUUUGGGGCCGGUAGAUUCCCAUGUUUAUCUUUCUCCAGUCUUACUCCCUUUUUUAGACAGGGUGCCAACUUCUUUAUCUUCUGAAACAUCUCUACUUUCAUGCCUGAAGCCUCCAGUCUCUAAAGUAAUAUACCAUCAAGUUCUGGAAAAUGCAAGGAGUUCUGACAUGUUGGAAAGACAAAGAAGGAUAUGGUAUAAUUCAUCAACAUAUUCAAAUCAGUUGGAAACUAUUGAACACACUAGGAAGGUUUCAGGAGAAGUGAAAUCCAAUAAUAUUUCUUGCAAAAGAGAAUCAGAUUUACAAAGUGGAAAAUAUGCCAACAGUACAACACUGAAUGCAUCUUUACCUGUUGUCGAGGAUGUUGCUGUAAGAACAGGGACAUCUUUUCAGAUCUCUGGCUCAAUGGAUAUAAGAGAUUCUGUUUAUUUGGAAAAAACACAAUUUUCUGCAUUCACAUCUCCGCAGGUAACAGCAGCUAAUACUUCUCUUUGUGAUGUGCCUACUGACGGCAUUCCCUUGUACUAUGUUAGUCUCAAUAAACUUGCAUCUGGUAUUGGUCCUGAAUCUUCAUGUCAGUGGAACCCUAAAGGUGUCGCUGCUUCAAGCAUGCGGUUGGAACCUCUCGACAAGCCAUUUGGCUUAUCUAAUUCAGUUCCACCCAAACUGGUUUCAAGCUCUUUUUUAAAUAUCAGCACCAACAUCAAACAAGUUCAAAAGCAAGCUGAUGUUGUAUCCCGGGACUCUGAGCAAUCUGCAUUUCUUACCAGUAAGUUUCAGGAUAUAACUGUUUACGAUGCUUUGAAGGGAAGCUCAUUGAAUGAUGCCUCACAGUCCGAGUUAAGUGGAUUAUCUACCUUUGCAAGAGCAUCUUCGGUUCCUGAUAUAGGAUGGAAACCACGUGGAGUUCUGGUUGCACAUCUCCAGGAGCACAAAUCUUCUGUGAAUGAUGUAACUGUAUCAAAUGACCACACUUUUUUCGUAAGUGCAUCUGAUGAUUCGACUGUUAAGAUAUGGGAUACUAGGAAAUUGGAAAAGGACAUCUCUUUUAGGUCUAGGUUAACAUAUUCUCUAGAUGGUUGUCGAGCUUUAUGUACAGCUAUGCUUCGAGGCACUGCCCAAGUGGUUGUUGGUGCAAGCGAUGGAACGAUUCAUUUAUUUUCUGUAAAUUACAUAAGUAGAGGGUUCGGUAAUGUAAUAGAAAAGUAUUCUGGUAUUGCUGAUAUCCAGAACAGAAAAAUUGGUGAAGGUGCGAUUCUUAGUGUGUUGAACUGCUCUAGUAUAGAUAGUAGCAUUAGUCAGACUGUUUUAUUCACCACCCAGAGAUGUGGAGUUCAUCUCUGGGAUACAAGGGCAAAUUCUGAUGCCUGGACAUUUAAAGCUGUUCCAGAUGAAGGAUAUGUCUCAUCUCUUGUAAUGGGUCAAUGUGGAAACUGGUUUGUAUCUGGUUCUUCUAGAGGUGUUCUGACACUCUGGGAUCUCAGGUUCCUUCUGCCAGUGAACUCAUGGCAAUAUCCCAUGGGUUGCCCUGUGGAGAAGCUAUGCUUACUAAUUCCACCAUUGAACUCAGUGUCUGCUAUGACAAGGCCAUUAGUUUAUGUUGCUGCUGGAAGUAAUGAAGUCUCCCUCUGGAAUGCUGAGAACGGAAGUUGUCAUCAGGUGUUGAGAGUAGCAAGUGGUGAGCACGAAGGUGAAUCAACCCAUUUUUCUCUAGCGACAGAGAGGCCUUCUAGAAAGCAAAGUUCUCAAUUUGAUGGGAAAAGAAAUAUCAAUUCCAAAUAUAGGAUUGAUGAGUUGAAUGAACCAGCCCCUCGUCUUCAGGGUAUUCGAUCAUUGCUUCCAUUACCUGGGGGAGAUCUGUUGACUGGAUGUGCAGAUUUGACAAUACGUUACUGGGAUCAUACAAGUCCUGAGCAUAGUUAUUGUGUCUGUGGUCCAUUGACAAAAGGCGUAGGAAAUGAUGGGUACUAUGAUAUUAGGUCUAGAUUUGGUGUGCAAAUUGUGCAGCAGGAGAUGAACAAGCGGUCGACUAAGUUGACUCAGAAGACAUUCCUUUCCACGGCAGCCACUGAUUCUGCUGGGUGUCACCGUGACUCUGUGCUUUCGUUAGCAUCUCUCAAGUUGAGCCAAAGGGUUUUGAUCUCAAGUAGCAGAGAUGGUGCAAUCAAGGUAUGGAAAUAGGAAAAUUGAAAAAAACAAACUACCUUGUGAAGUCACAUUGUACAUAUUUUAGUUAUUCAAUAAUAUUUGAAAAUUCAAAUUGUAUAGAGGGAUGAUGAUUUAGAAAAUUAUUUGAAAAGUUUUACAGUGUACAAGUUUAAAGCCUAAAAUUCUGCCUUGUUAUUUAUUAGGAAGGCCAAUUGUCAUUGCCAAUGUACCUAAACUUGAUUGUAUGAAUUUGUAUAGAGAAUCAUACUCAUUACAGUCGUCUGAAAUACCAAGUAGAUUUCUGCGACGAAGUUAGUGCAUAAAAUGUACUAACACAAUUUGUAAGUUUUGAUAACAUUUGUUGCUCAAAACUCAACUUACCUUGCUUGGUACUUCUAGGACUUUUACCUUUGUCAAGUGUUUAGCUCUAUGUUGAUUUAUUGGGACUUCCA